AUGAGCCACGAGCAUGGCUCGCAACCCAGCCCGGCUCAAGCAAGCUCGUCGACCGAGAGGGCAAAGAACAUAGAGGCAGGCAAAGAAUACCAAGACGUCUCAACAGCGCCAGAAAGUACACAGACCGCGCCUGACAUAGCAUUCCAAUCCGCCUUCACAUGCAGGACAUCUCUCCCAGCCCAGAAUGCGAGGAGACACCCUCAUGUCUUUCAAUCGAGCACUAUCCAACAACCACUGGCCUGUCCGGAUUCCUGGCCAAGCGAAAGGGACCUACGGGAGAUCGGCAUCGAAGACGAAGAGAUAAACGGAGACUGGAUCGGUCAUGACUUUCCGCUCCCCACGGCCACUCUUCCUUACGCAGGGGAAAGUGUCUACUGCGAAGGAGAGCAGAAGCUUAUUGACGACUGCACCCGCUGCACACUCGCCUGCCAGAAAUUUAAUAGCGUUAUGGAGUGCGUAUCCGGCGUAGUACCCACCACGCUGGUGCAACCGAUACAGCAGUUCCUGUAUGGCCAGAUCAUCUUUCCAUCAUCCGGGGGGCUCUCGAACGCAACGAAUCGAGAUGCUCGACAUCGUGUACCAAGCUUCACAGUCGAGGCCCCAUUCCAUUGCAGGUACGGAUAUAACAUCACGAUUGGAGAACAUGUCACAAUCGGACAGCGAUGUUACUUUGACGAUGGCGCACGAGUAACGAUCGGCGCGAAUUCCACAAUUGCACGUGGCGUCCAAAUCAUCACAACAGAUGACCCUGGCCAGUGUGAUAGACGUCUAGGUGUUCACAGGCUGGCGAAGAGCAGGCCCGUCAUAAUCGAAUCGUCCUGCUCCAUCGGGGCCGGGGUGCUCAUCUGCCCCGGUGUGCGCAUCGGUGCAGGAAGCAUCGUUCUACCUGGGACCAUUGUCACAUCGGUAGUGUCUCUCCUCGAAGAAAUAAGGUCUCUCAUUGACUGUCUACAGGACAUCGCGCCUGCAGCUUUGGCUUUCGGAAAUCCCCAGCAGUCUGCCGGUGUGCCCCCGCAGGUACCAGAAGCGCCCUGCUAA